AGUACUUGGUCAUUUGUGCAGCAGAGUUAGCAUUGCAGUGGGAAAGUAAAUACUAAAUAUUGCACUUAGCACCACCUACAAAUGCAGUGCGUCGGCUGUGCCAAAUGUUGUUUGGUGUGAAGAUCACUGGCGAUAUGUAUCUUCCAGGCAUUCCUCUUCUUUAACGUCUCAGUGAUGACUACCGUGAUACAUAGCUGGAACACAUUGCUUUUAGUAAACAAUGACUUUUAACAAAGUGAUAUUGUGCAAGUUCGAAGAAGUAGUUUCAUAAGCAGGGAAAGCUGAGAUGCAUGAAUUUGGUGCUUUCACAUGUUGAACUGUUAAGCAUUACUGCAACGUCAUGCAUAGUGUUUAAGCACUUACGAUAAAUUAUAUACAAAUAAUUUCGCUUGAUGUGUUGUAGUUAAAUCUUUGUUAAGUUUUAUAAAAUAAUGUAAACAGUUUAGUGGAAAAUAUGCACAUCCUGCAUUACCACUCUUGUGCAUUACAAUAUGUAUAAGCCGUCUUGUACAAGCUUGAGAGUUUUGUUGCACACUGCACUAGUACGUUUUGCAGUUGAGAAAAUAACUAUCGAAUCACAUUUGGAAAUUUGUGGUAAGUAUGUAUACCACACAAAUGUGUGUGGGUAUAAUAGUAAAGUGACCAACUGUUUAUUCAGUGCUCAGAACAAUGGUGCUUGCCUUAAGUAUUGGUACCAAGUAAGAGAGAAAAUACAUUCUUUCUGUUUUUGUGGUAUUGUGGUAGCACUGUCAGACUUCAAAAAGGCAAAUACCUUUAUAUAUUUGCCAGAAAUAUUUUUGGUUGCUAUUAAAGGAAUGACACAAGCAAAGUCAAGUGCCUCGUGCCUGAAACUGAGUGAAUUUUGUGGCAGUCGGACAGAUCAACUGGAGGGUGCAGAUUUGAAUAAAAUGGAGGAGGCAUCACUUGCAAGCUGCGAGGAAGAUAGAGUAACAAGGAAAUCUGAAGUUGACUCUGCUGCUGUAUCUCUUAACACUGCACAUGUUGAUGGUAUAGCAGUGAGCACAGAUGUUCCUUUAGAAACCAAUAAUAAGCAGGCAGCCAGCACUUCUCCACGUUCGGUGAGGUGCCCAGAGCGAGAUCUUGCAGAACCUGUUAUAACCGGAGGGCAAGAACAGCUUGCAAGUGCAAAGAUAUCUGCAGUGAAGGAGAUGAGUGUGCGAUGGAUGUUUGACGUCAGUUCAUGGUGUCCAUCUGAGGCAGAGUGGGUCUCGGCACUGUCGAGUGUUCAGCCGGAAGAGUGCACUCGAAUCCGUCGAUUUGCUUUUCGGAGAGAUGCUCGUGCGUCCUUGGCAGGUCGCCUCUUAGCACGAUUGUUUGUGAGUCGCGCUCUGUCCAUCCCGUGGAGUGCCGUUCGCUUGGAACGGGACAGUCGGGGCAAGCCGACUGUUCAGGAAGGGCUGACAGAUGCCAAAGUCAGUUUCAGUAUCUCUCACGCCGGGAGGUGGGCAGUGCUAGCUGGUGAAGCAGGAUACGGAAGCUCAGUGGCCGAUACUGUCGGUGUUGACACUGUAGAAGAGAAACAUCGUGAUGCUGCACACUUGUUGCGCAUCAUGAAACGAAAUCUCUCCACAGUUGAACAGGUUUCAAUUGAGAAAGCUGGCAGAGAUGGCCCUGGCGUGUUCUUCAGGUUGUGGGCCCUUAAGGAGAGCUACCUGAAAGCAACAGGUGAAGGUAUUGGUGGGGGCCCUGAAUUAUCCGAAUUGAGUUUUUCAUUUUGCAGCAGUCAUCUACCCGAUACCCCCGGAUGUGUGGAGGUGGGAACUGCUCUGGAGGUGAAGGGCUGUCCUCUACCUAGUGGGUGGCACUUUGAAGAGUCUCGAAUCGAUCCGUUGCAUAUUGUCGCAGUGGCUGUUUCUGGUUCGGAAGAUAACUGCUGUAAAAUGAAAUCGGCACCUCCAGUGUUUCAAGAAAUAUCUUGGAAUGAAUUUCAGGGUGCUUUGGAGUCUGUCACUCAUCAUGAACCAACAUUCUAUCUGGAUUAUUUUAAUAAGCCAGAAAGCCCUGCAUACUUGCAGAACACUUCAAGGCGAUGACUUAGGAGACUUUGCUGAAGUGAGAGAGCAGAGUACACACCAUUUUGUUAGCAUUAGUAGUACAUAUGUAGUAAACAUGCUUUCUUGCACAGUAACAUUUCUUAAAUGGCUAGUUUUAGAUACCAAGCAUAAUUUUCAGGUUUUAUACAGAAAGGUAAAACGUAAGGCUACUGACAUUACUCUGCAGAAUCUGCACAAAGUGUUCUUAUAUAAUCGAACUGAUAAAUUGCUUACAAUUAGUGGUGAGGCUACCACUUUGUCACAGACAUUUUACAAAGUUGUUUAUGCAGGAAACUUUUUGAAAUGUUUGAAAAAACUGGGAGGGGGGUUAUGACAGAUUGAAGUAGUGAAGACAGAUGUGAGAUAUGUCUGGAUAACUUAUUUGGUAAUGAUUUUUAUCUCAUUUAAAUAAAUUAAUAUUUAAGUUGGCCUCACAAUAGACCGUUACCUUCCUUUGGUUCUAUUGGUUGGACUGUGUUACAGAAAUCUUAUGUACCAGCAUAUUUGAUUUAUUAAUGUUCUUAAUGGUGUUUUGAUGCUUACUUUGGCCGUACUUUUACAUGGAGUAUGAUGUUGAGUACACUCUGUUUCUACAUGCUGUUGCAUUAUUUUGUUUGAUAUAUGGUGCAAACAGUGAAACAUUUGAUAAUCAGAAGUGCCCAUUAGCUCUCAGUAGAAUUUGUGUUUUUUUAACAUAGCACUUUCCAUCUGUCGAUAAGUCACAUUUCUAAGGAACCAUGUGCUACUUACAUUUGUUUCUUAAGCUGUACUUUUGUUUCUCGUGUAAAAAUGUUACAGCACACAGUGGAACAGCUUGUUAUAUUUGGUUCAACUUCACUUAUACUGCCUGUCAAGUAAUUUUUGUAUAAUUGUAUUCACAUUUUACAUUUAAUAAAAUGUAUGGUAUUGGAA